UGUCUCGUGGCGAGAGCACUCGAUCUCCUACUGCCAUAUUUGUGACAGAUAUUUUUAAAAUAAGUUAUAUAAAAGGUAUUGUUGAUUUUUUUUUUUAAAUAGUCCUAAAAAUAUUAAUUAUUCCUUCAUUAAAAAAAACAAUAACAUGAUUAACUAAGUCAUAAUUUCAUACAUUUAAUCCCUCACAAGUAGCCUAGCACCAAAAGUCCACCCACCACAAUAUAAACCUUGGUGACGUAGUCUACCAACGUGGUUCUAACUUUUUUGUUUCGUGGGUCAGGAACUCUCGGUGUUCAAGUUUGAACAAGCAGUCUAGGAAAUUUAUACUUUUCUGGAAAAUUAACAUAAUAGUUUUAUUAGAAAUUAUUGAAACAUUCAUUAUUUAGAAGACUCAAGUUAUUGUUUAAUAAUUAUGUACUCGUGGCAAAAUACAAAAUAGAUAAGACAUUUAAGCCAUUUCAAAUCACAAUGGAGCUACUUCACCAUAAAGAAAUGGCUAAAUGAUGUAUCAGAAAUAAUAUUUCCUCAAGGUUUCUAAAGAUAUCAUUAAAAAAAAAAAAAAAUAUGGGGGGUUUUUUUUUUGGGGGGGGGGGAGAGGGAAAUGAAAAAAAAAUUAACCCCCCCCCCCCCCCAAUUGCCCGCCUCUGUCAUAAAUCAUAUUUUCUCAGAAAGAAACAAAUAUUUUUUUUGAAAAACUGUAUGCUGUAUGAUAUUUUUUCAGCCACAAAUUUGACAGUAGGAGGACGAUGCUUUAGCUAGUUCAUGUCAACAUUACUCUGAGAGGGGCGCCACUUUUCUUAUUACAGUGGACGGGGUUUUCAAAUGAUCUUAAACGCCUGCUUUUUUUAAAACAAAGGUAUUCAAUUUUAACAUUGAUAAUUAUGAAGUUGACUUUGAUUCCAAUGUCAGUCAUGUCUCGCUCAAAAUAACAUACACACUUUUAACAGAAUUUACAGUUUUCACGCUCUCUCAUCAAGCCAUCAGGAAGUAGGCCCCCGAUCAGAAAUAGAAGGUGACGAUCCUCUUGAGCGGAAAAAAGAGUGGGUGGUGGGGGGUGUCUGGGGAGCCCGUAUUCAGAGAUGUUUUUAUUUAUUUCAAAAUCAAGAGGUGCCAUUGAGAUAAUACGAGAACUCAUUGUCUCUAUUAGAGUAUUGAUCAGGGGGAAGGAAUUUUUCAAGCGCACGGAAAGGCAUUAUGACUCCCAAUGCCAUACAUAAAAUGAAUUCCUUUCAGUUAUGGAACGCCCCAGGGUAAUCCUUGGGCAGAUUCUUAUCAUCAACCCCGUGCUGUCACAAUGAACGGCAGAAAACAUAAGUAUGAAUUACUCUUACGAAAAUGGGAAAGAGGGAACCCUUGAAAAAUUAAAGAUAAAAGCGCUGUGAGUGGGUGAAAAUAUAGAGCAGGUUAUAGAUUAUUAUUUUUUUUUUUAAAUUGAUUUUUUUGUAAAAUAUUGAAAAAUGCGUAUGACACUCCCCAACUGCGUAGUUGGCGAAAGUUAAAAAAAAGUAUUAUUAUUUGUAAUAUGAAAACCAAGUCGCAAUAUGAGUAAUACUAUGACAAUAUUUUAUAAUAAGAACCAUUUUCCCCUCCAGAUGGACUGCAAAUGCUAUCAUAUGACCUACAGGUAAGAGCUACCAUUUCUGAUAGCUGUUAAAAAUAAAAGUGUUUAUUUAAAUAACAAUAAAAUUUAAAAUAUUAUUUUAUUGCAGGUUAAGUUUGUUAAAGUCUUCACAUAUUCAUAGCAUUCACAGUUGUUGUUUUUUUUUUUUGUUGAAAGUAUACAUCAAUUUUCUAUUUUCCCAUUUCUAAAAAAUAAAAUAUGAAUUUAUUCAAAGACAUGGCUAAUAAAUACUUUAAUAUGCACUGUUGCCACCACCAGAGACGUGACAAAAUAAACUUCUAUGGAAGAGAUCGCCACGCUGGGCAAUAUGUGUAGUCAGUGUAAGCUGUAGGUAGAGGGAAGCAAGAGGUAGGCUGUAGUUGGAGGGAAGCAAGAGGUAGGCUGUAGUUAGAGGGAAGCAAGAGGUAGGCUGUAGUUAGAGGGAAGCAAGAGGUAGGCUGUAGGUAGAACGAAGCAAGAGGUAGGCUGUAGGUUAAAGGGGAUCUGGGACUUAAGAUUUUUAAUUAAGUUCAGGGAUAUGCUAAAAUGUGUGGUUGCGUACAUAAAGACUUAUUGUAUUAAUUGUUUUAUUAAAAUCUUUGAUGUGUUAGGAAAAAGGGGGGGGGGGUGGAAUAGUUCUAUAAGUUCAUUUUCCCCAUGCAGCACAAGAUACGCGUCAGGAAAAGAAAUGAUUUUGAUAAAUAACUGAUAUGAUUAGGUUGAUAUAUAGUGGGAGAUAGGAGAUAGGUUGUGUAUAUUUUUACGUGAAUGACAAUUUCUUUAAAUCCAAUGAUAUUAAAGCCGUACAAAAGAGAUCUUACAUUCUAUUUUUACAAUAAACAUAUAUUAGGAUCAAUGGCGUUGACAAAACGUGGUUACAUUCACAUAAGUCUACCCAUAAAUAUCAAAACCCAAACAUUUUUACACUUGAAAACUUGAUCUUAAAGUAGAGCCAUGCAUAUUUUUUUUUAAAGAAAACUUUUUUACUUUGCAAAAAGUAAAGUGGGUUUAUAGUUUUAUGACACUCAAUGCUAUUAUAGAAGUGAAUAACGAUUAAGAAAUUCUUCUUAAGAUAGUAGAAUUCUUUGUUUUAGGAUUUUCAGACAACAUAGUAGAAAAACAACUCACAUCACAAGAUUGUUUCAAUUUUUAAUGAAGAUAUCUAUAUAUCAAUUCCCUUUUAUAUAAAAUAGAUUUAAAAUGGUAUAUAUGUUUUUUUUGUUGUUGUAAAUUUAAGAUUAUGUUUUCAUAAUUUUUAAGGGAAAAACAAAUAAUUCAAGGACAUGAACAGGGCCAGCGCUAGACAUUCUUAGGUUGGGUGAAAAUAGACUAGCGUCGCCCUCUGGAAAAUUAUUUGAAGAGUUCAGAAUUUUUUUUUUUUUUUAUUUUUUUUUUUUUACAAAUUUUGCCGCCUUGGCGCCUGUGUGAUGAUCACGCAUCGUACCCGCUUUGAGCCGGCCCUGGGUCGCAUGAAAGGGCGUAAAGUAGACAUAUCAUUUUAAAAUUUAAAACACAAGACAUCUUAAGUAUUUCUCUAGUGUAGAAAUCACCCGACAAUGAAUUCCUUAGUGACAAUAGUGAUUUAAUUAUUGAUAAUUUAGAUUUGGUAAUUUCUGUGAGCGACCGUGUUGCAUACCAUUAUAACACAUGACAUCGGGUCAUAUAUUCUAGUAAUUAAUAUAUACCAGUGUAAGACAAGAAAUUGUGUUCCCCUUGCUUACAAACUGAAACGGGUGGGAGUCAGGGUUGCCAAUUUGGCUUUUUUAACGCCAGAUUCGCGAAAUCUGACUUUUUCACGACUUGGUUGGCUUAAGAUAAUUCGUUUGGUUUUUUGACUUUUCUCUGGCUUCUUUUACAUAGUUUCUCGAAAAUUACUUAACAAUCUUUCUUAAAAUACUUUUACUCUUAAAACAGUUUACUCUCAAAUGGCAACACUACAAAGACAGCUGGCAGUUGCGACUUGCCAGUUGUCGCGGGCCGCUAAAAACCAAAAACUACGGUACAAGCAGGUUAAACUUUGAUUGACAGCUUGACAGGUUGAUUCUAAAGUGUUAGGUUCACAAACAUAAAGAUAAUGUGAUUCUAAUCCGUAGACACAGGUUUAACGAUUUGUGAAGUUUAAUUUAAAUAGAUCAUUUGGUAUAACUGUGUUUUAAUAUAAUAAAACAAAAUUAUUUUCACCGAUGGCCUCCUCAUCAAAGAAAUGGAAAGCUUCUUAUGAUAGCCAUCGUAAGUACAAUAGUAAUUGGGAAAAAAACAUUCGUAUGGCUCAAGAAGGCUUCUGGUGGAUCCGAGUCAACCUUUUGUAAAAUUUGCCACUGUACUAUUAUACCAAGAAUAAGUAACCUCUCAAAUCAUGAAAAAUCUGCAAAACAUAGGAUGAGAACGCCAUCAAAAAACCAACCACAAGUAAAUGUAACAAAGAGCCCUAAACCAAACAAUGAUCAAGUUAAAGCAGUAGAGCUUCAAAUUGCUGUAAGCAUGACCUGCCAUUGUGCAAUACGUACAAUUGACCACCUGAGUGAAAUCAUGAUAUCACAUGGUCAAGGAAGUACACUGGGGCACAUAAAACUGCACAGAUCUAAAUGUUCAUGCCUAAUGAAAAACGUGAUAUCGCCUGCGCUGAAAUCUCAUCUCAUUGAUGACUUUCGGGAUAAAAAAUAUGCCCUCAUUAUAGAUGAACCUACUGACGUUUCCACACAAAAAACACUUGUGCAUUUUAGUUCGUUUUUUAAGGGAUAUUAAAAACGAAAUUGUUACUGGAUAUCUUGGUUUAAUUCCUGUGCAAGAGGCUACAGGAGAAAACAUAUUUAAUUUGGUUGAAGAGGAAAUCAAAAGAUGUGGUCAGAGUCUUACAAAUUGCAUUGGGUUUGCAUCGGAUGGUGCAUCAAAUAUGGUGGGGUGCAAGAACUCGGUCUGGUCUAGACUGAAAGAUGUAUCGCCUUACUGUGUACAGCUCAAAUAAUGUAUUUGUCAUUCGCUUGCACUUUGCAUUUAUCAUGCGGUAACCAAGCUACCAUCAAGUAUUGGAUUUUUGCUCUCAGAAAUACCUCAAUGGUUUCGCCAUAGUGAUUUAAGACGGGAAGCAUGCAAAGAAUUGUUUAGAGUUAUGAACACACCUACGGAAUUUGAGUCAGCCCGAACUGCCCCACUUCCCUUUGAAAAACCUUCAUCUACUCGAUGGCUUGUACGUGGGAAGGUUAUGUUUAACAUUUUGAUGAAUUGGGAAGAACUGAAGGUUUAUUUCACUAGUGCUGAAUUAGCUCAAUCAAACUUUGACACAAAAUACAAAGCAAGAUUAUUAAAGGAAAUGAUGUUAGACUACAAAAAUUAUUUGUUCUUUGUCUUUGCAACACCUGUUGUGCAGGAAUUUGAAAGACUAAACAGUCUUUUUCAACAAACCAAAGCUGAUCGUCAUGAAUUGUAUCAAGAAUUAUUCUUACACCAGAAAAGUCUUCAGAACAGACUGUAUGAUGUUAAUGGACAGAAAAUGCAAAUGCGUGAGAUUGAUAUUAAAUUCUUAACAGAAUGUAAUAGGUGCCUACAAAAAAAAACAACAACAACAACAACAGUAUUGAGGCUCAGCUGGAAAUAAAAAAAAUGUCACAGAAAGAUGUAUAUCUAUGUUAGAAGAAGCUCUAAAUCAAGUUACAUGUAGACUUCCAUCAGCAACAGAUGUAUUUCAAAAUCUAUCAAAAUUGAGUCCUAUGAUAAUUUUAAAUCAAGUUUCAAGGACCGCAUUUUCAGGAUUACCUUUUAUAUACCUUGCUAAAAACAACAUCAGUAUUAUUGAAGAACAAUACAGAAAAAUACUUUUUGUUGAUUGGAAAGAAGAACCUGCAUUUAAGAAAGAUGGAGUUCCAAAGACAGUGAAAAGUUUUGGAUUGGCGUGUUGCAACAUCAGGCAUUUAAAGAGCUCGCCUCUUAUGCCCUUACUUGUUUCGUAACCCCAGUUAGUAAUGCAGUAGUUGAGAGGAUAUUCUCUCUUGUCACUUCAGUAAAAACGAAGGCAAGAAACAGGAUGCAACUGAAUUUACUUGAUGCUAUUGUAAGAAUCAGAGCUGAACUAUUGCUGUCAGGCAAAUGCUGUAAAGACUUCUCUCCAUCUGAAAAAAUGCUAAAAGCUUUUACAACCGACAAGGCUUAUGGCAUAGUAUCCGCUAGUUACAGAACGUCCAAUUAGGAUGAGAGUAAUGAAUGUGAUUUAGAGCUUUUUUUGUAAUGUGAGUAUAUUUUCAAAUUUAUUUGGCUUUUUUUGGACUCUUUUCUAAUACUACCUGGCUUAAAAUCGAAAUUUUAACCUGGCAACUCUGCUGGGAGUGUCACUUGUUAAUUGUUACGUCUAUAGUGCGACAGGUCAAGUCUUUUGGUUUUCCGGAGAGGCAAGCAAACGAAGCCAUGACAAAAUAGGAGUUUUAUAUCAGAAAUAAGAAGUUAAUUGGCUUUUCCAACGUUUCGUUAGCACAAUAUUACUUAUUUAUUUAUUUAUUCAUCUCUACAUCAAAUUCAGUUUUGGUUAACCUGUUGUCGUAUUUUUCAACUAAAUUUUCAACUAGACAUCAACUCAUCAACGAUCAAUACUGUCAAUGUGUCAAUAGUCUAUUGACACAUCAAUAGUCAAUACUCUAAAAACUCUAAAAGAAUAUCUAUAUCUAACCCAGAAUCAGAUAAGAUAGCCUGAGAUUAAAUAGUUAACACAUAUAACACUACACACCGUCAAAAUGACAGGCAUGGUAAUCUCUUAUUUUAGUUUUAGCGUGAUAAAUUCCAUAAUUAAAUUUUCUAUAAGUUCACUUAAGUUUGUGUGACUUAGUCUUAGGUUGAUAAAAAUUCUAUGAUUGUCUAAAAAGAAGUAAAGUAAAGUUUCAGCUACCAAAGUUUCUUGUUGUCAAUGUCAAUGUUGUUAAUCAUUGUUAUCCGUAGGGGUCAUUGUUAGCCAAAUCAAAAUCUUUUAUUUUUAUAUAACUUAUAACUUGAUACUAAAAUAACUUCGGUAAGCUAAAGUACCUUUUAUUAUUAUUAAGUUUAAUUUUAAUUAAUACAAUUUUAUUUUUAAUGAAAUUUUAAAUCUUUAGUUUAGGCCUACACACUGACUCUACAUCUACAUAAAAUUAGGACUAUAUGAAUAUGACUAUACUUGACCCAAUGACCUAACUAAAUACUAAAUAGUUUUGCUUUUUUAUUUUAAGUUUAAGUUAAUAUAAGAUGUGAAUAAUAAGUAGGUUAGGCCUAUAUUAACUAUAUAAUAUAUAUUUUUAUAAUGUGGGGGGGGGGGUGUAAAUAGGUUAAGCAAUACAAAAUUGGCAAAAUGUUCUCUGUCUCUAUUCAUUGCUAUAUAUUAUAUUUAUAAGAUUUUUAAAUUUAUUUCACUGAACAUAUGAAAUUUCAACACAUUGCUGUCCUAAUUAAAAAAAAAAUUGUUUGAUCAUUUUUUCAUUUCCCUUUCACUACUCAACUCUUUCUUUUAACCUUCUGGCAGCAUGCUUUUUUCGCAAUGAGAACCCGGCAUGCUUUUUUCGCCACAAAACCAGGCGGGUUGUUUAAAAUAGAUCUCGCUAAUAAUAAUGAGGGAAUGGUUAAAUUAGUUUAUUUUAUUUGAAUAUUGCAAAAUAAUAUAUUUUUAAAAAUAAUUAUAACUACAAAAAAUAUGAAAAGUAAGUUGAAAGAAACAAGACAUAAAUUAAUUAUUUUAUUUCAUAUUCAAUAACUAGUACAUAAUUCUGGGGAAAAAAUUGAAAAAAAGAUUACGCAUUCAUAAAAGCAAAGACAUUAUAUGAACAUAAAAUUUGAAGUUGAUAAAUUGACUUUUCACCUCUUUAAGUAAAUUGAGCACCAAUUCAUUAUAUAAUUUCUUGAAAAAUACAUGUCUUCUAACAAUAUUUGGAUAAUUUCCUAAAUCAAUAAUUUGGACUUUGAUGCCACUCAUGUUUAUCAUGCACAAAAUUUUGACCAUUGGCCAGCGUCAUACAUUUCUCACUAGGUUUCACAAUUGUUCUUUUGUCUCUUUCUUGCUGAAAUUUUGUGUUUUCAUGCUUUCAAUAUAAUUAUUUGUAUAGUAGUUUAUCACCAAACAGGCAACUCCAGCAUUCAAGAGAGUAUAUGCCAUUUUUGCAGGGGCUAUAAUUAAUUAACGUUUUCUAAUUAAAUUACUUCUUCUCUAAUGCAUUCUGUUUGAAGGUUGAUUCUUAUUUCAUUUUGUUUCUCUAUCUUUUCCCAAAAAGAAAAAAAAAUUAUCAUUGUCAAUAGUAUCUUCUACAUCAUCAUUGUCAUCCUCUUCUUCUUUCAUCCGUGAAUCUUCCUGACCAAUUUCAACUGCAUCUUAACUUUCUGUGUCAUCCUCAUCUUUAAAAUCUUCCUCUAACUUUCUCGUUCAAAACCUAUUCUUUUAAUUUCUUUUAUAUUCUUGAGAAUGGUCAAAUCAAAUCUUUUCCUAACACCCGCCAUGUUAGACAGUGUAAUUAACCUGCAGUAUAAUAAGGAUCAGUAUAAAUAUCUUGGGACGCAAUGUAACCAUUUGAUAUUUACUAUUGAAAAGCACACAGAUAUUAGUUAAAAGUAAGAUAAUGCAUCAUUAUAUAUACAAAUAUGAACAAAGUAACUUACCAGAGCAAGGUAAUAAUACAAUUGUCAAACUUCAAAAAAUAACGUGCAGUUUGAACAAAACAGCAAACAUCUUUACCCUGAAAGCAUUUUCUGCACAUUAAACCGCCUGGCCUAUACAGGAAAGGAAAACGUUAAGAUACUUAUAAGCAGAGUUCGCUUCCAUCUCUCCUUAGCCUGUGCAAAACACAAACAUUGGUUUGUAUCAAUCUGAUCAGACGCGCCUGACAGAAGUUUAUCUGUUAUCACCGAUCUUUACUUUAGGUAUGAAUAUAUUUGGACAUUGCUGUGCUCGUCAGUGCUGGCACUAGACUUUUUUCCUCCACAUGCAAGAUUUUAAAUGUAUUUUCCCACUAUUUUUGGCCAAUGUUUUUUUUAAAAUGUAAAAUUUAAGACCUGUGUUUGGUUAGGAUGAGAAGUGCCCUAAGGAAAAUACAAUUUGGGUAGAGUGCAAUCCACAAUGCUUCCUUCCUCAAUUAGGCAUAAGCCUAAUUCAGUCUGAUUAUAUACUUGUCUUCGGGCGUGGCUUCGGAAAUAUUUUAAAUUAAAGUUAUACCGUUGUAUUGACUAAUAUAGAGCUGUGUUUCCAAAAUUUUUAAGUUUUGUCCAACAUUUGGACAAGUUACCACUGACUACUAGGACUAGUUACUAAUGACACAUUUAUUAAACAUAAGUAUCUUUGUCUAUGCAGGAUUUAUAUAAUUACAAUACUUUGUCAUUAAUGAAUAGUGACUGUCAUUUAUCACUCAAUAAUCAAUAAACCUCAACAACCUGUUGUGAAAAUCAUUGUGCAUUAAAAUAAUAUAAUAUCAAAAAAUUAAUAUUAUAAAUACACAUGGUAUUCUAUUUUUUGUAAUAAUAUGUUUGCUUCUGCAAGGAUUUGUUUGCAGCCUGCCAUAUUUUAGGUUGAGAUUUUUUAUUUUUUUUUUUAUUUUUUUUUUUUUUUUUUUAUUUUUAAACUUGAUAUAACUACAUCAAUUUUCAAAACACAAUUUUCAUCUGCAGAUAUGGACUUUUUAAAAACAACAGUCACUUCAAAAUAUUGGACACUUUUGGUAGAUAGCAUUACUGUUUCUGGUGCUCCAUAAUCAAGAUGGACUCAAAGGAGGCUGUAGGCCUUUAUAUUGCUCUAAUCUUUUCUGCCAUUUGCAUUGCAAAAUUGUAUUAUCAAGCUGCCCCAAAUGACCAUCAGAACUACAUAAAGAAAUAUUGGUUUCGUCCUGCUUUAAAAUGUAUACCAAAAGAAGAAGUCCUAGGCCUAGAGAAUAACCAUCUUCUGAAAACUAUAAAAGAACUUGAACACAACAAAAUGGGAGAGAAGAACCAAAACAAUGUAAAAAAUAUAGAAGCCCUGGAGAGAAUUUUAAAUUGUAAUUGCUCUUUAAAUAGAUAUUACCAAUGUAAGGAUACAGAAAGUGCUUGUGGGAAAAUGAAGCAUGGAUACAAGUCACCUGGACUUUCAAAAUAUUUUACCAAGCAGCGGAUGUCUGAUCAGCUUAGGUUAAUUCGCUCUGACAAGAGCAGCCAUAGAUCCAAUGUGACUUAUGAGUUUCAUUUCACAGAAACUGUCAGAUUAGCAUGUUCAAAACUAUCAACGUUUGAUUUCUUUGUUAUUAUUUUCUUAUUAUUGAUAGUGAUUGGCAGAAGAAUUCAUUUUGAUGAUGAGUUGGUCAGUAAUUCAUCUCCUGGUUUAUGCUACUCUGCACUACUUAAGUCAAAUAUUCCAUUCUUGGACUGCAAUAUGGAUUACACUUUUACAACUUCUCUUGUUAAAAUGCAUAGCCAUGGCCUUCAUAAUUUAGAGCUUGCAAAAGACUGCAAACAUAAUGGUAUUGAGAAUUCAUUAAGCUUGGGAUGGCUUUUAAAGCCUUUAAAUCUUGUUCAAAAUAUACCAGAGUACUUUGUUUAUCCAGCAUUUGACAUGUCAAGAUUAGCUUCAUUCCAGCCAAUAACUCUUGUGGAAAGCCAUGUUCCUUUCAUCAAGUUGGCAGACGCUGGUUUUUCAUACACUGGAACAGGAAAUGCCAUCAUUUGUGAGGAUUGUAAAAAUUCAUUCAACCUUCAAGAAAUUAGAACGGACCCAGCAAGCUCAAAAUACCACCAUAGGGGUUGCAGAUUUGUCAGGACUGAGAGCUCAUUUGCUUCUGAUGCUAUUGGUGUUACAGCAGAAUCUUCAUCCUUAGAUAGCAGUUCUUUGGGAAAUGUUUCCAGUGAAGACAUGGUUCAACCCUUGUUAGGCAAUGAUUUUUCAAAUUUUUCAUCUUUAAGUGGUGAGUUGCUUUUUUUAUAAUUUGAAGCUGGUUUUUAUGUUUUUUAAAAAGAUUAAUUUUUCAAGUUCUAAUUAUUCUAAGUGUUAUAAUAUUGCUAUAUUUGUCUGAAAGGAAAAUAGAUUUAAAAUGUUUUUUUUUAUAAUGCUAUACAUUUUAUUUUAUGCAUAUUCUUUAACAUAAUCUUUUGUACAAUCAUAAGCAAACAUUCUUUAGGGCAGUGCUUCUCAACAUUUUGGGUGUGGCUGACAGGCAGAAAUUAUGGAUAUUGGAGGGAUGACCAGUGUAUAAUUUAGUUAUUUUUGUUAUUGUCUUAGUGCUGAUCUGUGGAAGAACUCUUUGAGUAGAACGGCUCUAGGGAACUCUUAAAUUUAAAGUCCCUUUCUUUAUGGAAAGCAAUAAUUAUAAAUGGAAUAAUUUUUUUUAAAUGGACCUUUCAAGAGUGUCAUUUAAUAAUUACCUAUGCACUAAUUCAAGAUAAAUUAUCUAAAGGUGCAACAAACUUUCCAGAAGGAGAUACCUCCGCUACUUGCUGUAGUAAUUUCUGUUGUGAGUAUCCAGCAAACUGUACUUUUUUAAAUUAUGUUUUAUUUUGAUUUGACGGCGAUUAAAAUUAUGAGUUAAAGUUAAAGGACUCUUAAGAAUGUGAUUCACUUAUGUUAUAAUAAACAAAUUAAAAGUUCAAUGGUAAAUGCUAUUUUCAAAAGUGGGGUAAUUACUUAUUGUUUGUAUAAAAUUGUAAGAAAUUUUUGAAUAAGAACAAUGAUUUACAUUUCCAUUUUCUUUCCCAGUUGAUGAUGAACUCUUUGAAUGUCAAUGGUCAAAGAUUGAAAAUGAAAUAUGUACUGAAAGUCUGGAGCAUGGGGGAUUUGUGAAAUUUGAUAAUUUUUCGAUUGAACACCUUCCAGUGAAACUAAAGCAUCGGGACGUUUUAAAGUUUUUUCAACUGUGUGCACAGCUAAUUGUUAAAGUGACCAGCUCAAACCUCUCAAGGUUUAGGCCUCAUCAGAAGAGAUGUCCCGUCAAAGAAGGCCUGCCUGGAAUCUGUGGCACCGGAAGUCUCUUUGGUACAGACGGCGAGAUAACCAAGUUCAAAGAUCUACCGCAGGCUUUGAAGAAUGGGUACCCUGACUUGAGUGAUGAAUCUGAAAUCGGACUGAUCUACGUCGAGACCAAUCCACACAUUGUUUUCAAUGACCAGGAGGCAAAAGAUUCAACAGUUAAACUUUCCCUAAGUCUGACCAACGGGGUUCAUGUUGAACUGAAAGGUGGACAUUUGCAUUGUAGCCAAGAUCCCAAGGGCUGUAAGAUUUCUUUUGUGUAUUCAACAAAAGACUUACAACUUGUGAAAACGUUGAAUAAGAUAAGGCAGGAGCUGUUUGAACUGUCUGAGAAGCUGCAGAAAAAAUUCAAAGAAUACAUGAGUAAAACAGUUGUGAUUAUUAGUCAUCCCUAUGGAAUGGAGAAAUGUUUGUCAUUUGGUGACAGUGUUUCUGUGAAAUAUGGCAUUGAAACAGACACAAGCGGAAGGACUAAGCUUUUUAAAAUUGACAACCAUAAGAAAGGUGAAUAAUUUUGACUGUGCUUUUUAAAACUAAUUUGUUUCCAUUUAAUGUUUCCCAUUAUGCUUGUUGACUGUAACUUAGCUGGUAAGACUACAGCCAUUUUGUGUAGUAAUGUGCCAAGAUGAUUUUACUCCAGAGGAUUUUUACUUACUUGGGGUCUUUUGGCACUUAAGAACAGUAGCCUUAUUAGGCCAACUUUUCCAUUCCAUCCACUAUUUUUCCAAAUCUUCGGAUGACCCAGGAUGAAUUCAAACCUGUCACAUAUGGUUUUUUAGGCAAACAAGUUAUCACUUUGCCAUAGGGUCAUUGUGUGUUCUUUUGGGUCAUUGUGCGUUCUUUAGGUUCAGUGUAUGUUCUUUUGUAAAGUCAGAUUAAAUAAUAUUACAAAAAUAUUUGCAUUAAUAAAUUUGAUUGGAUCAACACAUACAGCAAUGUUAAUUAAAAUAAAUCUAAUUUACAUAUUCAUUUUUUUCAUUAGUUUAGUUACUCUUUUUUUUUUCAAUAAGGUCACUAAGGUCAUAUUUUUGACACCAUUCCAAAAAAAAUGUACAGAACCAUUUUUGAGUCUUUUGGGUUGGAAUAAAGUACCUGGUGUGCCUUAUAUGUGUUUUGUUUACAAGACUUCUAUUUGGCAUUAAGCUUAACUUAGUUUAAAUAUAGAUCUCAUUAUUAAGACUUCUACCUUUCUCCUCCUAUAGUCCCUGCUGAUAUCUCAAAAGUCAAGAAAGCGCUUCAGUACACGGCAGUCACUUGUCCAGGCACAUCUGGAGCGCCAGUCAUUUGUUUCAAGCGCAACGGCCAUAACGAUCUGAAGCUUGACAUCUGGAUGCACAAUGGAGUAGAAAGAGACAGUUCACUUGGUGUUUCUGUCUUACAGGGUAAUGCGCAUUUCACUUUGUUGUGACCAGCUCAAGAAACCUUGUUCAUCCGUUUAGGACUUGUAUGGAUUUUGAAGUUCAUUACCUCUCUCAUGUUGUUGUUUUAAAUGAAAACUAUGAUCAAGCUUUGCAUGUUUUAUGGAUCUAUGAUUUGUCUCCCCCAAAGCCUGCUAUUCGGAGGAUGUUUUGAGAAAAAUUCCCGAACCCACCAGACCAGCUGCUCCACAACCAACGGAAAAUAUAUCAAGGCCCGCCACUGUCAAUCUGCCCACACGUAACCCGAACAGCAGAGCUUUGAGUCAUCCUUCCUACCCGGUCUACAUAUCUUACCAAAAGAGGUUGGAAAGUUUUGUUGCUUGGCCAGCGGGGCAUAUUCACGAUCCCCAUGACCUGGCAAGGGCUGGAUUUUUCUAUGCUGGUAAGACCAUAUUUGUUCAGUUGUAAAAACUCACUUGUUCGUUGGAAUUAGGUGGUGCUUGGUAUUGUGUCAACAAUAUUUGGUUUCCUUACAAGAGCACAUUUGUUUCCAUUUUUAGUUACUGUCAUUGCUCUGAUUUAAAUGUAAGAAUACAUUUUGAUCAAUGGCUGAACUAAUUCAUCUGUUAAUUAUCUUGAAUGAUGUAUGCACAGGUUAUGCAGAUUGCGUCCGAUGUUACCAGUGCGGACUUGGCCUGAAAUCGUGGAAGCCAGGAGACGAUAUCAAUGUGGAGCAUGAAAGGCUGAGACCAUCUUGUCCUUUUCUACAAACUCAGCUGAGCACUGGGUUAUCUAGUAUGAUGGAUGAACCCAGCCACCAAAGACCACAGCUACAUUGUAAAUACACAACAUUCUUCUUCUUGGUGUAGUAAAGUAGACUGUCCUUUGAUCCUUAUUUUAAAAUGAAUACUUUUCUAUUUUGGAAAAACUAUACAUUAGAAAUUGCUUGACAAUUUUUUUUAAUGCUUAAUCCAUAUGAAUGCAUGUUAAUUUACAGAAAUGGGGUAGAGAGUAGGACAUUAUUACAAUAAAUGAUUUAUUUGGAUUUUUUCUUAUUCUCAAUUUUUAAAAAAAAGCAGAGACAACCUCAGGCCAAAGCUCUUAUGGCAGUGAUGAUAAUGCACCUCUAAAACCUCAAAUGCUGGUUGUUCCAACAACUGCUGAAGACCAGCAGUCUCCCAGCCAACCAUCCACUGAUGUACAGCAACCGAUGGAUUCUCAAACUCAAGCACCCGAAGGAAAUAAUGUUAGAGUGACUCCAGGGGCAGCAAAUGGUGAAGAAUAUGGCGGAGCGUCUUCUUUAGGUGAGUCUGGUGUAUUUAGUUUUCUUUGUUUUUAUAUGUUGUUCUUAAAAACUGGAUAAUUAUAUAAUAAAAUUAUUAAUGAUUGGCACCAAUUUGUUUCCAUUAAACUUCAGACUUUGAUAGCGCUAUUGAGAUCUACUGAGAUAUUUUACAAAGAAGUAACCCCUUUAAUGUAGCUGUUUCGUGAAAGUGUGGAGCUUUAAUUUUUUUAUAUAUCCCUAAGGAAAUGAUUUGACUGAAUCCCAUGGCUCCGGUAAUACAAAUGAAACCGAAGAGAGAUCCACUAUACAGUCUGAUCAGAGAAUUUCUCAGAAGCAUCUACUUGAAUCGAGUAACGCCUCUCAUUCUUCGUCUGGUGUAGACCUACCAUCACAAAACAAAAGUGACUCAAACCAUGGUGAGAUUCUUGUAGGCAAUGGGCUGUUUCUGAUCAUUGUUAUGUCUUUUCUGUUUCAGAGCUAUUCCUUAAUUGGAAAAUAGUUGUAAAUGAUUAUUAAAAUAAAAUAUUUUUUUAAAUGGGAAAGGUAAGGUUCAUAAUAGCUUUAACAAAAAAAAAUAGGUGAAUGUUCUUUUCCUUCUGUACAGAUUCCCAUAAUUCAGAAUCAGUCAAAGAUAUAACAGUAAGUCUACUUGAAAGGGAGAAGAAAUUGCUUCAGCACCAGGUGAAUUGCAAGAUAUGUCUGGUUGCCCCGAUCAAGGACUUGUUUCUUCCAUGUGGACAUCUCUAUGCAUGUGUUGACUGCUCAAAAUCUCUGACCCACUGUCCAGCCUGCAGCCAGCUGAUUCUCGCAACAGUGACAACAUAUUUUACAUGAUUCUUUCAACAGUAACAACAUAUUUUACAUGAUUCUUGAAACAGUAACAACAUAUUUUACAUAUUUCCUGCAACAGUAACAACAUAUUUUACAUGAUUCUUGAAACAGUAACAACAUAUUUUACAUAUUUCCUGCAACAGUAACAACAUAUUAAUACAUGAGAUUAUAUAAGAUGACUAAGAAUGAAAACAUAAUAUGCCAGUAAAGGAAUUGCACACCCCUAUCCUAAGCAUCGUUGCACCACUACCCACAGUUUCGUGGUCCUGAAAAACAUGUAACUCAGUAAGCAAAGUUGCUUCAAUCAAUUAGCCUAAGACGUAUAGUGAUGUAUGUCCCCGAGUAAAAAUUAAUAAGCUUAUAAAAGCUGCAUGCCAUUUGAGAGCUAAAGCAAGGAAAUUACUUAAAUUCUGACUGACUUCAUAUGAUUUGUUUAAAAACUGUUAUUUAUUUAUUUAGAAACUUUGAAUGCUGUUUGCUAUCAAAGUAGUCAAAUGUAACAUGUAAAAUCCCAUGUGCCAAGCUAUCAUCCUAUAAUUUGUAUCAUUUGUAACCCCUCAAACUAAGCUCAUCAUCUCCGCACAAAUAAAAUGGAAACAAUUUUCAAUACCAUUAUUUUCCAUGUUGUCAUCCGGGUAAAAAAAUGGGUUAUCAUUUAUCACCAUUUCUAUAUAGUUCAUCGCGCCUCAUUGUUAAGUUUUAACUUUUUGAAAUAUAUCUCUUCUAUAAACAGAAGAAAAACGGUUUCUUUCGCCUUAGAAUGAGACAACUCGGACACGUUAUAUUUAUUGAAAUGUGAUGGUAUCCGUGGCAUUUAGUCACAAAUUAAUUGUUUUUAAUGCUCAAUUUCAAUGAAAAACUUAUUUUAAGACUUGGGGUGUUAUUAAUCAAUAUUAUUUCAAUGACUGGUAUGGCUGACCGUAAACAAGAAAGCUGGCUUUUUUCAAUUUAGGUUCAAACAACCUGCUGUCAAGAUUCUUUGCAAGUUAUGUUCUUUUUGUCUGAAUCUAUUGUGUUUUUUUUUUUAUUGUUGUGUUUACAGAGAAAGGCAUUCAGGCAAAAUGUUCAUCAUAGGGUCUUGCAUGUGCAGUUGUUAGAAUGAUUUUUAAUUAUAUCUUGUAUCAUUAUAAUUAAUCAUCAAAGUAUUAUGAAAGCCACUUAUGUAGGCUAUACUAAAUAUGUUAUCGAUGGAUGAAUAAUAUUUAUGCUGCAGCUGAUAUUUCAUUGCAUACCGGUACCUUGUUCUAGGAAUUUAUGGUUAAUUUAAUAGUAGUUUUACAGUUGUCAUCACAUUUAUUUAAAUAGACAAUGUAAGUACGCUUGCAGUUUUAUAGUUAAAUGGUCUAAUCUACGGGUAUGUGCCAAAUCCAUUUUGUUUAACUUGUGAUACCGGGUAAUAUUAAUUUAAUGCACUUGCUCAGCAUAUUGUUAGUAAUGAACCAUACCAUAAAGUCACCUUUGUACUUCAAUCUUGACAGCAUUCAAUCUUUCUUCACACAUCACCUCUUCUAGUUUUAGGAAACUUCAAAUGGUUUUAAAACCAGAGCCACUGUCUUCAAGUGCCAUUCUACUUUAACACUCUGUUAUUCAUUUUGUGCCAGAUAUUUUAAAAUAAAUAAACAAUUCCAUAAUUAUGUCAUAUAUUUAUCUCUUAUUUUCAUUCACAAUUGUUCAGUCUCACAUGAGGCUUAUCUCUAACACACCUCAGUCACAACUGUUCAGUCUAAGGUGAGGCUCAUUUAAAUAUACAAGUAAUAGCAGAAACCAUUGGAUUUAACUGCUGGUGUAGAAAAGAAGUUUAUCACUGAACAAAUAGCAGCAUUCUUGACAACACACUGUUCACAAAAACUUACACAACAAGCAAACUUGUCCUCUUUUUUAAAUUUUGCAAGAACAUUUAAAAAAAAUUAAAGUUUUCCGUACAUUACAUUAUUUUUCACCUUUGGAGCCGCAUGUAAAUUAAACAAUCAAUUGUUGUUCUGGUUGUCAAUCUUGUCUGACAGCCAAAAGCUGUUUAUGGUUUCCUUCUUUGACUGGUGCUUUAGGAAUGUCAUUUAAAAAAUUGGUCUAUUUGAGUCAAGUGACCGCACUUACAGAGGUGAGCGUAACCAGAUCCAGUGGGAGAAUGAUCACAUUCUUUUAGCAGACUUGAUGAUGUUUUAUAUUGCACAUUCAUUUUUUGACUUAGUUUGCUAAACAUUCCACCUGGUACCAAGCAACGCUAACUUUUUUAAAGAUGAUUUGAUAAUAUUACCAUUACAUUGAUUUAAUUGGAAUGAUCUUUUGGAUUAUAUCAUUUACUAUGAAGCUUGCUCUAAAAUUUGCAUAUAACUGUUAAAAAUAUUUCGCAACUAAUUCCAACAAUAAUUUGUCAACUACUGAUAAACUAAUGUAAAUCUCAUAAAUUUUUGUGAGGAUCCCGUAAAGAUCAAUGAGUAAACUAAAUUAGUUUUUUUACUAAAGCUUUCCAUAAUCAAUGCAAUUCAAAUUCUAAAAGGUUAAUUAUCAAUUAUGUGAACUUGUAAAAGAAGAAAUUCAUGCUCUGUAUUCUUUGAAUAUGUCUUAUUUCUUAAUAAGUAUUUAUCUCUGGUGAAAUUCUGAAAUUUUGUCUCGUUCAUUGUUUUAUAACCAUAUAUUUUGCAGUGUACUGUAAAGGUUUAUGUAUUUUUCUUGAAAUGUUUGAAAAUUAGAGUUCAUUUGAACUGCUUUUAAUGGUUGCGUUGUUAAAACAAUAUUUUGGUAAGAAGUGUCCUUUAAUUUUUUAUUUUUUUUUGCCUUGCUUUAUAUAUUUUAAAGAUUAGGUUUUUUUUAUUUAAUAGAAUUAAUUUAAAAUUGUUUCCAUUUCUCUUCCAUUUCAGAAAAUUUGUAUGAACAAAAUUUUUGGAAAGCAAAUUGUGAGACAGAAGUUUGUUAAAACAGAAUUAUGUUCAAAAUGAAAUAAUGAGGGAAAAAAUGGAACGAAAAGUUCACGUUUUCCAGAUUUCUCAAUCACUCUUUCAUUUAAAAUAAUUUCUAAAAAAUAAAACUCUUUUUAAAAAAAUUUAAUUUUGAAAAAACUUCUGUUUCAAACAUUUUACACUCAGACAAACUUUUGUCUGACAAAUUUCCCACUCUUGAGGUAUCUUUGUUCAUGUUGCAUACAUUUUAAAUCUGUUCCUGCAAUAUUUUAAUGCUUUUUAAAAAAAAAAAAAAACUCUAAAUAUACCCUGCAAUUUUUAGCUUUUGGUGUAAUUCAACUUCUGGAAACUCUUGGAAGUUUUUAAAAUGUAAACAUUGAAACUCUUAGAAGUUUGAAAGAGUACAGUUUGAAACUUUAAGAAGUUUUAAAAUAUAAACAUCACAUUUAGAAACUCAAUGUCAAUAUCCUUUGUACAUGUUUAAUUAAUAUGCUUCUUUGUUAUAUUUAAUUACAUUAUACAUAUGCAAAAGUAACAUUCUUUUUUUUGGGGGGUGGGUUAUAAAUAUUAUAUGUUGUAUUCUAAAAUUGAUGUGGGUAGAGGUGUGAUGUGGGUAGAGGUGUGAUGUGGGUAGAGGUGUGAUGUGGGUAGAGGUGUGAUGUGGGUAGAGGUGUGAUGUGGGUAGAGGUGUGAUGUGGGUAGAGGUGUGAUGUGGGUAGUGGUUAUGUUCUCAACAUACAUUUUAUCUUUCCUUUGCUUUAGUUAAUAUAUUUUUCUUGGCUCAUAUUUACUCAUAAGAAUGAUUAAUCACUGUUUUAUUUUGCAAUUAUUUUCCCUCGUAACAUGCAGCUGCCACUGAUCGGAUGUUUUAAGCAAAAUAUUAAUAUGAAUAAAUCUGUUUGAAAAGUG